AACGAAGAGCAAGACGUGGCUGCUGCCGCUCAACAUCAAGUUGCUUCAUCCAAAGAGCUAGAGAAUACCGAUUGGGAUGAGAUUAUUCCAGAAACUGAAAGAUUGAAGCUUGAAGAAGAAGAACGAAGAAAGUUGGCAGCAGACUUGGAGCUGGCUCCUCGACAACGAGUCAAAGUUGAAAUUGAAGAAGCCGAUGAUGGCGAUGCUUCCGCGUCAGAUGUUGAAGCAGAAGGUGGUGGUCGUAAAAAGAGGAAAAAAGCAUUUGGAGACUUUUCUGGUACGGAAGUCAAAAGAUUUGUGCGAUCGUUUAGGAAAUUCGCAAUGCCAUUGGAAAGAUUAGAGGCGCUAGCCCAAGAUGCUGAGCUGGAAGAGCAUAGUGCUGAAGAACUGAGAAAACUUGCAGAAGCUUUGCUGGAGGCUUGUGAGAAAGCUGAAGCAGAGCAUGAGACGAAGAAGAGUGAAGAAAAGGCUGACGGUGAAAAGACAAAAGACCGAGGGGCUUCGUUCAAAUUUGCUGGCGUUGUUGACGUGAACGUUCGUCCCAUAAGGAAACUGCAAGCAGAGCUAGAACCUCUGCACAAAGCUCUUUCCGAUAAAGCAAGUGCCGCGGAUUUUAGGCCUCCCCACAAAGCUCGUCCUCAAAAGGGCUGGGACGUUGAAUGGAAUUUUGUGGACGAUACAGCUUUGUUACGAGGUGUUUACAAAUACGGGAUCGGCAGUUGGGAAGCGAUCAAAAUGGACCCGGAGCUCGGGCUGGCUGAUAAAAUCUUUUUGAAAGAUAAGGUACGAAUAAAUUUUCUGUAUACACACUUUAGCAACAACAACGUUUUAGGUCCGAAAGCCUCAACCUCGUCACUUGCAGCAGCGGGUGGAUUAUUUACUCAAGUUGAUGGACAAGUCCAUAAAUGGUAA